CAGUCAGUGUCUCAUUAUGGCCAGGUGCAAUGAAACAAGGUGGGUGUGGCUUAUUUUCAGCUGGGAGCAGACCUUUCAAAUUUCAAAUUGUCACUUGCACUGUGUGAGUUGAGCUUAGGAACCACUGAUGAGGUCUUUGAAAAACAGACAUGAGCUCUGCAAAGCCCUACAUUGGUUGCAAGAUAGGGUUACUUUCAAAAGCCCAAAAUCGCUAUGAGGGGAUUUUGUAUACAAUUGACAAAGGGAACUCCACAGUUGUGCUGGCGAAAGUCAAAUGUUUUGGAACGGAAGGACGGCCUACCGACAGACCUACACUCCCCAAAGAUGACAUUUAUGAGUAUAUCACCUUCCGCGGAAGUGAUAUCAAAGAUAUCACAUUGUGUGAAGACCCAGAUCGCCAUGGCCUACCUCCAGAUCCAGCAAUAGUACAGUCAUCAAGUGUAGGGCCGUCUGGUAUCUACCCACCUCUUGGAUCAUUUAGUCCACUUCAAUUGCCUGCCUACAACCAUCUUGCUGCCAGUUCACUUCUUAAUCAUCAGUAUGCUGCAGCUCUUGGCCUUGGGCCCAUCCUUCCAGGCUUCCAUGUCCGAAAAGGCCCCAUGGUGGAAAAGGGAGUUCAAACCCUUCGUGUGGAAGAGUUAAGAAAGAGGAGAGUUUUGACUGCUCCCCAGGAGCAAGAUCAGCACUGGGAGAAGAGAAGGCCCUUAAGGGUGAGAGGAGAAGCCACUACCAGAAGGGGGAUUGAAUCCAACAUAAGGUCAAACCCGGCUGUGCCCAAUUCCCUUCAAGAAUCCUCUCAGCAACAGAAUGGAAAUGGGCCUCUUACCAGACGCCAAGGUGCCCGAAGACGCAGGAACCGUAGUCGGGGCUUGCUGAUGAUGGCAAAGGUUCCCUCAGCCACUCUGAAAUUUGACACAGAUUUUGAUUUUGACUACUCAAAUGCACAGUUCAAUAAGGAGUUGGAGCGUGAGGUGCAUGAUAGGUUAAAUAUGAAAGAUGGAAAUGACAAUACAGGAGAAAAACAAAGCAAUGAAGCCCACCUGAAUACAGAGGAGUGUCAUUUCGGACCAAAAUGUUACUAUGACAAAGCAAAGUCCUUCUUUGAUAAUAUCUCCUCUAAUAAUAAACUCAGACUAACCUGGGCAGAGGAGCGUAAGCGGAAUCUGGAGACGUUUGGGGUCCCUGGAUGGUUCCGCAAGGGCCAAUCCUUCAGAGGGGGAUAUGCUGGAAGAAGGGGACGAGGCACAACUCUUACUCGAAUUCCUUAUAGAAGCAGUAAUGGACAGCUGUAAAGGUCAGGGUUGAAGUAUGUGCCCCCCACCCCCCCGAUGGUUAUUUUCUCAAGUCUGAUUCUGACAUCAAUUGGGAAUGAAUCCUUGUAUGCUGUUUGUCGUAUACCUACAUUUUGCAUGUGACUGCAUGGCUGGCUAAAUAGUCCACUAUUUGUAUCUAAGAAUACCUGUUUUCCCCUUAAUUGCCAGAGGUACUUUUUUGUUUUCAUACCCAUCUACAUUUUCUGUGACUUGUAUAAUUUGACUCGAGUGACAAUAUUUUUUAAGUUUUUUUUCAUAUUUGGACAAAUAUGUAAACCUGACCUUGAGGCUUAUGAAGUUUUUUUUGUUGUUGUUUGAAGCCAUGUGUAAAAUUUAUGUAAAUAAACAAGAAUUGUCUAUUUGCUGCCUAUUGCAUUUGGUAUAUUGACAUAAAUGCAAACGUAUUGCACAAUGUAUUAAGGUUAAUAACAUGGGAACAGAAACAUUGUAUACAGAGGUCACAAACCUUUCUGUAACUGCAGAUAUUUCUCUGGUACU